GCAGACGACGGCUGCGACGCGCCCGAAAAGUGGCCCAUGGGCGCCCGUGCCAUCGCAUCCGGAGAGAAGGGCGCCGGGUGCGCGAAGUGCGCCGGCUGCAUGCGCGCAAAGCCAGCCUUGGGAUCUCAUCGGGUAUCUUGCCUGGCGCCCGUUGGGCGCUUCAACGACGAGCUGGGCGUGGGCGGCCUCUACCUGCGGACCGUGAAGGGGGAGUCCUGCCAGUUCCUGUCCAUCGUCGAGGUAUCGACCGCCUGCCGCGUGGCGCGCUACCUCGAGGUCUGCUGGCCUGCUACUGUGGCCGAGGUCUACAGGGGGCCGUGGGCAGCUGCGCCGCCCAGUGUUGCCAGGCUCGAUCCCGACGGCAUGUUCUACACUGGGUUCCAGGAGGCCAUGGGCUCGAUGGGCAUCCGAGUCAAGGCCAAAAAUCCCAGCGGCAGAACGGCCGCGCUGAGCUGCGCGGAG